AUGGCCGCACCAUCGGAAGCACCAGCCAGCGACCCGUCCCCGCCCUAUGUUGAAGUGCACACGCCGCGACUAUCGCAAGCGGGCGCCGCGGCGACGAAGCUCCUCACCGACGAAGAUGCUGCUUCUACUACUUCUGCAGCCACGGCACCGUCCAGGAAGCAGGUGCCGCUGCUGGAGCUCUUCUGCUUCGCCGACUCGACGGACAAGCUGCUCAUGGCUGUGGGCACGCUCGGGGCGAUCUGCGCCGGCGCGCUGCGGCCCGUGAUGGUCCUGCUCUUCGGCAGCCUCAUCAACUCCUUCGGCUCCACCAGUGAGGCGGGCGGCGGGCCGAGCGACAUCUCGCCCAGCGUGAACCGAGUCGCGCGCAACCUCACCAUCGUGGGUGCGGUCGGGCUGGCCACGGCCUACCUGCAGGUCUACUGCUGGACGGUCACGGCCUCGCGCCAGUCCAAGCGCAUCCGCAGCCUCUACGUCAACGCCAUCGUCACCAAGGAGAUCGCCUGGUUCGACGUGAACGAGCCCAUGCAGCUGUCGUCCCGCGUCGCCGACGCCACCGUCACGAUCCAGGACGGCAUCGGGUCCAAGAUGAGCGACAUGCUGCACUUCACGUCCACGGUGGUCUCGGGCAUUGUCAUCGCGUUCAUCAAGGGCUGGGAGCUCGCGCUGAUCCUGCUGGCUGUGGUGCCGUUCGUCGCCACAAGCGGCAUGCUGGCCAAGAAGGUCAUUGUUGCGGCCACGCACAGCGGCAUGCAGUCGUACGCGGAGGCCGGAGCUGUGGCACAGGAGUCGCUCAGCAACAUCCGCACAGUGCACAUGUUCAACUCGGUGCCGCACUUCGUAGACAAGUACAGUCGAGCGCUGGAAGGCGCCACAAGCGCAGGGAUCAAGAAGGCCUUCGCUGUCGGUUGGGGCAGCGGGCUCACGUACAUGAUGGUCUUCCUCAACUACGCGCUGGGCUUCUUCAUCGGGGCUGUCUUCAUCGCGCGCGACAACCUGGGCGACAGCACGUGCACUGGCUCGGGCUGCUACAAUGGCGGGAGAGUUCUCACGGUGUUUUUCACCGUCAUGCAAGGUGCGAUGGCCUUGGGCCAGGCCGGACCCAACCUCCAAGCGGUCUACUCGGCUUGCGCUGCUGCGUACGACGUGUUCGAGCUGAUCAAGCGGCCGUCGCUGAUCGACCCCACCAAUGACGACGAAGGCAAGAAGCUCCAGACCGUCUCCGGCAACAUCGACAUCGACGAUGUGCGCUUCGCGUACCCGUCUCGCCCCGAGGUGGACGUGUGCCGAGGCUACUCGCUCCAGAUCAAGGCCGGCGAGACGGUGGCGCUGGUCGGCCCGAGCGGCAGCGGCAAGAGCACGGUGGUCUCGUUGCUGGAGCGCUUCUACGACCCGCUCGAAGGCUCCGUGAAGAUCGACGGGGAGGACGUUCGCUCGCUGAACGUCAAGUGGCUGCGGCAGCAGAUCGGACUGGUGGGGCAGGAGCCUGUGCUCUUCGCGACGACCAUCAUGGAGAACAUUCGCCACGGCCGACCUGCCGCGUCGGACAGCGAGGUCGUGGAGGCCGCCAAGAUGGCGAACGCCUUCAGUUUUAUCAUGGAGUUCCCCGAGGGCUUCGCCACAGAGGUGGGCGAGCGCGGCGCACAGCUAUCUGGAGGUCAGAAGCAGCGUAUCGCCAUCGCGCGCGCGAUCAUCAAGAACCCGCCGAUCCUGUUGCUGGAUGAGGCGACGAGCGCCCUCGACACGGAGAGCGAGCGGAUCGUCCAGGCGUCUCUGGACCAGUUGGUGGCGGGGUUGAACCGCACGACGAUCAUUGUGGCGCACCGCUUGUCGACGAUUCGGGACGCGGACCGCAUUGCGGUGCACAGCGGCGGUCGCAUCGUGGAGCUUGGCUCUCACGAGGAGCUGCUGCGUAUCCCGAAUGGCCACUACCGACGUUUGCUGGAGGCUCAGACGCAAGCAGCCACUGAAGGUGACACGACCGAAUCCACUCCAGUUAUGGAUGGAGCAGCGUCAACAGAUCUCAAUCACGAGGAUUCUCAUUUGGUUCGAUCUACCAGGGCCUCCAGCAAGUCGAGCGCGUUGGAAUUGGGCGACUACAAUGGAAGCGAUGCCAGCGAAUGCGAAUGCGAUAAUGUGGACACUUCAGCAGUGUCGUCACUGCGCAUCUGGAAGAUGGGGCUGCCCGAGUGGAAGUUUAUGGCGUUGGGUGGAAUUUCUUCCGUGUUCAAGGGCUCUGUUUACCCGCUCGCGGGUAUGUUCAUCGCCAAGAUCAUCCACCUAUACUUUGAGCUCCAGAAGACGAAGCACGAAAUGCUCCACGACAUGCGCUAUUACUCGUUGGCUCUCGGGUGCCUCGCUGUUGUUUGCGGUUCGUCUUUCACGCUGACCGAGUAUUGGUUCGGCAUCGCUUCGAGUCGGUUGAUCAGUCGAGUUCGUUUGGAGGCGUACAGCGGUAUGAUGCGUCAGGAAGUCGGGUGGUUUGAUCUCAAGGAGAACUCGUCGGGCUCCCUCGUCUCUCGGCUGGCUACCGAUUCGGCUAUUCUCCAGUCCAUGACGUCGGAUUUCCUCAACCGCAGCCUAAUGACUGGGACGACCUUCAUCAUCAUCUUCGCGAUCGCGUUCUACUACAGCUGGCAGAUGACUCUCAUCAUGAUCGCCACGACCCCGUUCCUCGUCGGUGUCAACCGCGUACGCUUGCAGCACAUGGCCGGCCAAAUGAACGCAAAGAAGAACAACGACGCGGAUACCGCAGCGGCGUCUCUGCUUUCUGAGGCGAUUGAUUCAAUCCGCACGGUCGCGUCGUUCGGAAUGGAGAAGGCUCUGGUGGCUCAGUACACGUCGUUCCUGAACGUGUCGAAUGAGCAAGACAAGAAGGUGGGCGUCUCCGGAGGUGUAUCGUUUGGUCUAUCGCAGGCGAUGACGUUCUGGGUCCUCGCCUUUGUCUUCUACAUCGGUGGCAUCUGGGUCUCUCACGGUACGAUCUCCUUCGAAGACCUUCUCGUUGUUCUCAUGGUCUUCAUGAUGGGGUCGUUCAGUGUCAGUAUGGCCUCGCAAGGAUCCGUGGACGGGGAAAAGGCCAAGCGAGCCGUCGCCAACGUCUUCAACAUCAUUGACCGCGUGCCGGAGAUCGACGCCACUUCGACCGCAGGGACCGUGCUGCCCCGUAUCCAAGGCGACAUCGACUUCAAGCAGCUCACCUUCGCGUACCCGUCUCGACCGCACGCCGCCAUCUACCAGGGCUACGACCUGUCGGUUCGACGCGGCCAGACUGUGGCGCUGGUGGGGGCGAGCGGCAGCGGCAAGAGCACGGCGAUCGCGCUGCUGGAGCGCUUCUACGACCCGUCGUCGGGGGCGGUGACGCUGGAUGGCCACGACGUGCGCAGUCUGAGCUUGCCGUGGCUGCGCGACCGCAUCUCGCUGGUGAGCCAGGAGCCGGUGCUGUUCUCGGGGACGAUCGCGGACAACAUCGCUCUGGGCAAGCCGGGUGCGAGUCGCGCGGAGGUGGAGGCGGCGGCGAGGAGCGCCAACGCCUUCGACUUCAUCUCCAACUUCCCGCGGGGUUUCGACACGGAGGUUGGCGACCGCGGCGCACAGGUGUCGGGCGGCCAGAAGCAGCGCAUCGCCAUUGCACGCGCUAUUUUGCGCGACCCGGACGUGCUGUUGCUGGACGAGGCGACGAGUGCGCUGGACAAUGAGAGCGAGCAGGUCGUGCAGGCGUCGCUGGACGCGCUGAUGGCGCAGAAGCGGCGGACGACGAUUGUGGUGGCGCACCGGUUGUCGACGAUCCGGAAGGCGGACGUGAUCGCGGUGACUCGUGACGGCGCGAUAGUGGAGCGAGGUAGUCACGAGGAGCUGAUGCGGGUGACGGGCGGCGUCUACCGCGGGAUGGUGGAGCUGCAGUCGAUGACAGUGUCGUAG